AUGUUGCUCAUCCCCAUGUGCUUCCCCUACAGGCCCCUCCCCCGCAGGCCCCUCCCCCACAGGGACUUCCCCCACAGGCCCCUCCCCCACAGGGACUUCCCAUGGAUCUAUGGUACCUCCCAUGGAUCUAUGUUUGGACCGGCACAUGUCCCCGUGACCACUUUGCUUCGCUGCAUCUCCGCGCUGAACCCACCGCUGCUGCACCUUAACGAGGCGUCCACUGCGCUGCGUCGCAAUGAGGCGUCCGCUGCGCUGCGUGGCAACGAGGCGUCCGCUGCGCUGCGUGGCAACGAGGCGUCCGCUGCGCUGCGUGGCAACGAGGCGUCCGCUGCGCUGCGUGGCAACGAGGCGUCCGCUGCGCUGCGUGGCAACGAGGCGUCCGCUGCGCUGCGUGGCAACGAGGCGUCCGCUGCGCUGCGUGGCAACGAGGCGUCCGCUGCGCUGCGUGGCAACGAGGCGUCCGCUGCGCUGCGUGGCAACGAGGCGUCCGCUGCGCUGCGUGGCAACGAGGCGUCCGCUGCGCUGCGUGGCAACGAGGCGUCCGCUGCGCUGCGUGGCAACGAGGCGUCCACUGCGCUGCGUGGCAACGAGGCGUCCGCUGCAGGAUAA